UGUGAAUUGAACCAAAAAAAUUUCACUUUAAAAAAUAAGAAAGUGAAAAAAAUCUAGUUUAACUAAGGAAAUAUCGAGUUCAAAUAUUUUCAUACACUUGUUGGGGUAGCAUAAAACGCAAGCAAUAUGGUGUCGCUUUUCGAUAAAGCGAGAUCCACGAAUAAUCCAAAUAAGAUUUCGAUUAAGCAUCAGGAGUUCUUAAAGAGAAUCAAGAAGACUUUGUAUUAUGGACCAUCGAAUCCAAAUCGGAUGAUUUCUCAGCCAUUAGCACAACAAGUUGCGUCGCAUUUUAAUGAAAGUCGCAGGAACUACGAUUUGAAUGUGCUGGAUCUUAAAUUUGUCUCUAAGAUACGUCAACAAACUCCUUGCUCAAUGAUUCUAUCGUUAAUUUAUCUGGAAAGGCUCUUAAAAUCGGAUCCAACGUAUGCACGGCUAAUUAGUCCUUCGGAGUUGUUCCUAGUUACUCUGAUGGUUUCGACAAAAUUCUAUAGCGAUUACGAUGAAACGGAAGUUUUUCUCAAUAAUUGGGCAUACGAAGGUGAUCUGACUUUGGAACGACUUAAACAAUUGGAGAUUUCAUUCCUGAAUGCAAUACAAUGGAAUCUGGUUGUAAGCGAUAAUGAAUUUCAUGAGAAAUUAAAGACUGUCGAGAGAUUACUAGCAUUAAAGGAAGGAUUAACGCGGAAUUGGUUUACAUACAGCGAAUUAGACAUGCUUAUGCCAACGAUUGAAAUAGCUAAACAAAUUAUUCAUUACGCAACAAUUUCUAUGUUCAUUUAUGGAUGCAGUGUAUUAACUCUUGCCUUAUCCAGUAUCAUAUUGACGACUAUUCCUGCGCAACUUAAUAAAGAGCUCCGCACAAGUCAAAAUCAUACAUCAGAUUCCAUUUUACCAAACGCCUUAACACCAGAUGAGAUGAUCUCCAUUAAUGACAAAUUUAAUCAUGAUAAUCAGACUGAAUGUACCUUUGAUUUCGAUGUGAACGAUACAGCUUUGGAACGGCUUACUAGCGAUAUUUCGUACUGUAAUUUUACCAUCGACUUUCCUUUAUCUAAUCAGUUUAAAUUGGAGACAAAGACUUCCGACAAGUUUCAUUUUGAUAUUUUUCAAAAAUACAAUCCAGUGCCUUUAGUUUGGUAGCAUCAAUCACACUCAACCAAUCACUAUUAUUUUAUUAAUUCGUAUUUAAUUUGAAAAGAGAAAUUUUCUUUUCCAAUUGUUUAAAUUAUCAAUGUUAAUUAACGAUUCAAAAUUGUUUAAUUGAGCAUUCAAGUAAUUUUCGAGCUCAAGUGGUUUAUUGUGCAUUUUAAUUACGGUUGGUUUUUCAACGGAAAUUCAAAUUUAAACUGUCAAAAAAUAUUUGAAAUACUAAGGAAUUGUACGGUUUUAACUGAAAUAUUCAAAAAUUAAAAAGCCGUUAAAUUUUCAAAAAUGUGUCUCUGCUACUUAAACUUCAAAAAUGUCGUUAAAUUCUAUAAAUUCAUGAUUAAUUGCACGUAAACCACCGUACCAAAGCUCAAUAACAGCUAUACAAUUAGCUUGUCCGAAAGUUUAUCAUUGCUCCAUUUUUAAAAGCCACAAAAAUCCUUAAAAAAUACUUUUUUAAAUCAAAUUGAACGAGAUGUAAUUUCUAAUUUAUAAACUGUAGAUUUUUUGAU